UCAGAUUUAGUAUUUAGACAAGCCUUUGAGCAUAUAUGUUUAUUUUCAUAACAAAAGUUCCUUCAAUGAAUUAUCUUCGUCCAUUUACGGUUAUAGUGAUAAUAUCAAUUUGGUUUUUUGGUUACCAAUAUCAAUAUAUCUUGAAAACAAAGUAAUAUGUGAUAAUUUUCUAGUCUCAUUCCUAAAACUAAAUUUAUGCAAUUUUUUAAAUAAAAUUUUGAUCAAAUAAACAAACGUUGAGAUGGCCGAGUUGGUCUAAGGCGCCAGAUUAAGGUUCUGGUCCGAAAGGGCGUGGGUUCAAAUCCCACUCUCAACAUUUAUUUUGGGUCUGGUGGGCCAUUAAACAAAUACCAAAGCAAUGGUCUUGUCUGUUGAUGGUGGGCCAUUAAACCUGGAAAUGCUUUUAUUGUUUGGGCCUAGUGAGCCUCUAAACAAAAAAUGCAGAAGGCGAAGCAAAAACUUGGAGCGGAGAAGGAAAGCAAGUAGUUUGAAAAGCCAUCUCUCUCCUAUACACAUUCUAUCUCUAGUAUGGCGCCAAUUCGGAUGAUAGAUAUCGCCGUCAACUUCACAGGUAACUCUUUCAGACAUUUCAUCGAAUAGAUGGCAUGUUUAAAGGCAUUUAUAACGGCAAGCAACAUCACGUUUCUGAUAUUGCUACUGUUCUGAGUCGAGCUUGGAACGCUGGCGUCGAUCGAAUUAUCGUUACGGGUGGUUCCCUUGAGGAGUCAAAGGAAGCUCUUGCUAUUGCAGAAACUGAUGGGAGGCUUUUCUGCACAGUUGGAGUGCACCCAACUAGAUGCAAGGAGUUUGAAGAGAGUGGGGAUCCUGAAAAACAUUUUCAAGGACUUUUGGCAUUGGCUAAGGAGGGAAUUCAAAAAGGGAAGGUGGUUGCAAUUGGUGAAUGUGGAUUGGAUUAUGACAGGCUUCACUUUUGCCCACCAGAAGUUCAAAAGAAGUAUUUUGAGAAGCAGUUUGAAUUAGCAUAUGCCACAAAGCUGCCUAUGUUUCUGCAUAUGCGUGCAGCUGCAGAAGAUUUCUGUGAAAUUAUGGAACGAAAUAUUAACAAGUUCACUGGUGGGGUUACUCAUUCAUUUACUGGUAGUGCUGAAGACCGUGAUAAGCUUCUCUCAUUUCAUAACAUGUAUAUAGGUGUAAAUGGAUGCUCUCUGAAGAUGGCCGAAAAUCUUGAUGUUGUGAGGGGCAUACCUGUUGAAAGAAUGAUGAUUGAGACUGAUUCUCCAUAUUGCGAAAUCAAGAGUACUCAUGCUGGGAUUAAUUUUGUGAAAUCCUUAUGGCCUUCUAAGAAGAAAGAGAAGUAUGACAAAGAGUGUCUUGUUAAAGGACGUAAUGAACCUUGUUUAGUGCGGCAAGUUCUUGAGGUGGUAGCUGGCUGUAAAGGAAUCACUGACAUUGAUCUGUUUAGUGCAACAUUGUACCAGAACACCUGCAGGGUUUUUUUCCCUCAGGACUUGGAUGCUGCAGCUGAUGCUCUUCUUGCUGGUCGGAAUGAAAGUCAAUGACAAAGCUUUAUAGAAAAAAAAAAUUAAAUCGAUAUACCAAUGCUUUUAAUCUACCAAGACUUUUGUUUUGGAAAUAAAGAUCUAUAGAGAUAGAUCUAAAUGGUGCUCUGUUUCUUGCAACCCUCAUACAGGUUUAGCUCCUCUUCGUUGUUAUCCAUUACCAUCCGGUACAAGUUUAAUCACUUUUUACAAGUAAGACCUACACAUUUGAAUGGUUAUGAUACGUGCAUUGAAAAUUAGUGAAUGAAGAAGUAAGACUGAUUUCAAACCCCACUUA